AUGUCACCAACAGCCAAUACUACUACGAUUACCCCAGAUCAUAGGGAAAAGCCACAGUUGAAACCUUGGGUAACCCCCAACGAAACUAAAUAUGAAUUAGAUUACGCUGAAUUAGUUACAAUUGAUCUCGCCAAAUUUGAACAUGAUAAACAUGGAUUAGCUCAGGAUCUUCAUAAUGCUAUUGAAAAGAAUGGUGGAUUCUUUGGAGUUAUCAAUAGUGGAAUCGAUCAACAAGAAAUAUUUCAAUUGGGACAACUGUUUUUCAAUGAUUAUUCCCUCGAAUCUAAAUCAAAAGUCCCCGUUAAUUUUGAAACAGGGAAUUAUUUUGGGUAUAAAUCAAAGGGGAAUAAAUUCUUAUUCGGAACUGAUGUUAAAGAGAAUUCAGAAAUCUUUAAUAUUGCAAAAUUUAAUGGUUUAAAUGAUAAAUAUCAUGAUUUAGAUUUUGUGAAAGAUAAUUUCGAUCAAUUAUCAAAAGUAUCUCAUGAAUGUUUUGAUAUCGUUAAGAAAUUAUUAACUUUAUUUGGUAUUAUUUUAGAAUUAGAUGAUGAAUUAUAUUUCGUUAAACGUCAUUUAUAUGAAGAUCCAAGUGAUGAUCAAUUAAGAUAUAUGAAAUAUCAUCCUAGAACCCCUGAAGAUGAUGCUAAAGUGGAAAAUACUUGGGCAAGAGCUCAUACUGAUUUCGGUACUUUAACUUUAUUAUUCAAUCAAUUAGUAGUUGGUUUACAAAUUAAACUGGGGGAGGAAUGGAAAUAUGUCAAACCAAUUAGAAAUGGUAUUAUUUGUAAUGUGGGGGAUACGCUUAAUUUUUGGUCAGGAGGUUAUUUCAAAUCAACGAUUCAUCGUGUCAUAAGACCACCUCCAGAUCAAAUUGAUAAACCUAGAAUUGGAGCCUUUUAUUUUGUAAGACCUGGUGAUAAAGCUUUGAUUGAAGUGGCUGAUUCUCCAUUAUUAAAGAGAUUAGGGUUAUAUAAGCAAACCAAAGAGCCAAUCAUUGGUACUGAAUAUGUCAGAAAGAGAGUAGUUGAUUAUCAUAAUAGACCAACUUAUGAAAAACAAAGCAAUGUUAAAUUCAAAGUUGGUGAUUUUGAAAUUGUUGAUGAUUUGAAUGAUAUUUUGAAGCAUGAAGAUGAAUAUCCCAAAUCAGAAGAUAUAAUGGAUGCUGAGAAUAGAUCUAAAUACUUCACUCAAACUGAAAAGCAAGUUGUUGAUGUAGAAAAGACCAGUCAAAGAUUUCAAUAUUUAUUAGGUUUAACUGGAUUAUUUCAUCAUUUCAUUGAAGCUAAAGCUAAUAAAGAUCCAUUAUUUAGAAAGAUUGUGGAUGAUUUACAUAAUGAUAAACAUUCUAAUAAAGUGAAAGGAUCAUCGAGAAGAAGAAAAACUGAAAAGGAAGAAGAUGCUGAAUUAUUAAAUGAUGAAGUUGAUACUACUCCAAUUCUUGAAUUCACUGAAAGUCCAGGGUACGUUCAUGGAGAAUUAAGACCAUAUCAAAUCCAAGGUUUAAAUUGGUUAAUAUCAUUAUAUGAAAACAAUUUAUCUGGAAUCUUGGCUGAUGAAAUGGGAUUAGGUAAAACUUUACAAACCAUUUCAUUCUUAGGUUAUUUAAGAUAUAUUAAACAUAUUAAUGGACCUCAUAUUGUGAUUACACCUAAAUCUACUUUGGAUAAUUGGGCUCGUGAAUUUAAUAGAUGGAUUCCUGAUAUUAGAGUAUUAGUAUUACAAGGUGAUAAAGAUGAAAGAAGUGAUAUUAUUAAAAGUAAGAUUUUAACAUGUAAAUUCGAUGUUAUUAUUGUAUCUUAUGAAAUUGUUAUACGAGAAAAAGCUACAUUCAGAAAAUUUAAUUGGGAAUAUAUUAUUAUUGAUGAAGCUCAUAGAAUUAAAAAUGAAGAAUCAUUAUUAUCUCAAAUCAUUAGAAUGUUUCAUUCCAAGAAUAGAUUAUUAAUCACUGGUACUCCCUUACAAAAUAAUUUACGAGAGUUAUGGGCCCUUUUGAAUUUCAUCUUACCUGAUGUAUUUGCUGAUAAUGAAUCAUUUGAUGAAUGGUUUUCCAAUGGUGGUAGUCCCAACAAUGGAGAUGGAAAUGAUGAAAGACAAGGUACUGUGAUUCAACAAUUACAUAAAGUUUUAAAACCAUUUUUAUUAAGAAGAAUCAAAGCUGAUGUUGAGAAAUCAUUAUUACCCAAACAAGAAUUAAAUGUUUAUGUUAAAAUGAGUGAUAUGCAGAGAAAAUGGUAUCAAAAGAUUUUAGAAAAAGAUAUUGAUGCUGUGAAUGGAGCUAAUAAAAAGGAAAGUAAAACUCGAUUAUUAAACAUUGUAAUGCAAUUAAGAAAAUGUUGUAAUCAUCCUUAUUUAUUCGAAGGAGCUGAACCUGGACCACCAUUCACUACUGAUGAACAUUUAGUAUUCAAUUCUCAAAAAAUGAUAAUUCUUGAUAAAUUAUUAAAGAAAUUCCGAUCAGAAGGUUCAAGAGUAUUAAUUUUUUCUCAAAUGAGUAGAAUGUUAGAUAUUUUAGAAGAUUAUUGUUAUUUCCGAGAAUUUGAAUAUUGUCGAAUUGAUGGUCAAACUGAACAUGCUGAUAGAGUUAAUGCUAUUGAUGAAUAUAAUAAACCUGGUAGUGAUAAAUUUGUAUUUUUAUUAACCACUAGAGCUGGUGGUUUAGGGAUUAAUUUAACAAGUGCAGAUAUUGUUAUAUUAUUUGACUCUGAUUGGAAUCCACAAGCUGAUUUACAAGCUAUGGAUCGUGCUCAUAGAAUUGGGCAAACUAAACAAGUUAAAGUAUUCCGUUUUAUUACUGGUAAUGCGAUUGAAGAAAAAGUAUUGGAAAGAGCUACUCAAAAAUUAAGAUUAGAUCAAUUAGUUAUUCAACAAGGGAGAAAUACGGGAGGACUUGAUGGUCAACAAAGUAGUAAAGCAGCUUCUAAGAAUGAAUUAUUAGAUAUGAUUCAAUUUGGAGCUGCUGAUAUGUUUGGUAAUGGAUCUAAUAAUGAAUCGGGAGAUAUUGAUAUUGAAGAAAUUUUAAAACAAUCAGAAAGUAAAACCCAAGAAUUAAAUCAAAAAUAUUCGAAAUUAGAUUUAAAUGCCUUACAAAAUUUCACUAAUGAUGAAUCAGUGUAUGAAUGGAAUGGAGAAAAUUUCAAAAAGAAAGAACCAACUGCCAUAACUAAUAUUGGUCAUGCAUGGAUAAAUCCUGGUAAAAGAGAGCGUAAAGAGAAUUAUUCGAUUGAUAUGUAUUAUAAGGAUGUAUUAAAUACAGGAGGUCGUACUAAUAAUCCAGGACCAAAAUCAGGACCUAGACCACCUAAACAAUUAAAUAUUUAUGAUCAUCAAUUUUAUCCUGCCAAAUUAUUAGAAUUGAUUGAAUUAGAAAAGAAUUAUUAUAAGAAACAAAUCAGAUAUAAAGUCCCUAUUAAAGCAGGUGAUGCUUCCACUUUAAAAGAUCGUGAAUUGGAUCAAAAAUUAGAACAAGAAGAAAUUGAUAAUUCUCGUGCAUUAACUGAUGAUGAAAAAAUUUUAAAAGAAGAAUUAUUAACUCAGGGUUAUAGUAAUUGGAAUCGACGUGAUUUCACUCAUUUCAUUACGGUGUGUUGUAAAUAUGGAAGAAAUAGUAUUCCAUUAAUAGCACAAGAAUUUGAAGAUAAGACGAUUGAAGAAGUUCGAGAAUAUGCCAAAGCAUUUUGGAAGAAUUAUAGUGAGAUUGAAGGAUAUGAAAGAUAUAUUAAUCAAAUUGAAUUAGGAGAAGAGAAGAUUCUUAAAUUGAAAUUACAAAAGGAAGCCCUUCGAAGAAAAUUAUCUCAAUAUAAGUAUCCUUUACAAGAAUUAAUUUUAAAAUUCCCUCCAUCAGCUACUAAUAAAAGAACAUUUAGUGAAGAGGAAGAUCGAUUUUUAUUAGUUCAAGUAUAUCGAUUUGGAUUAGAGAGUCCUGAUUUAUAUGAACGAAUUAAAUUAGCUAUUCGAGAAUCACCAUUAUUUCAAUUUGAUUUCUUUUUCCAAAGUCGUAAUUCAGGGGAAUUAUCAAGAAGAUGUACAACGUUAUUAACUUGUAUUCUUAAGGAAAUUAAUCCUGAUCAAAAAGUGAGUGAAAUAAAUGGAUCGGAAGUUAAUGGUAAUGGAAAGAGAAAGAAAGAAUCUACCCCAGACGUUAAAAAGAAAGUCAAAAAGUAA